UCUUCUGGCUUGCGUAUGCAUGAUGAGGGGCAUGGCUUGGCCGGGCUUGCAGUGCCUUGUCACCGAGCCAGCGAGUCACAACACCCGGGACUUCAAAGGCAGACAGUUGCUUUGGGGGGCAUUGGUGUGAGGUGUUGAGUGACAAAGAGAGAGAGGGACAGAGGCACAUACAGAGAGCGAGAGAGCGAGAGAGAGAGAGAGAGAGAGAGAGAGAGAGGGAGAGAGAGAGGGAGAGAGAGAGAGUGAACAGACUGAGACUGAUGCACAGCAGUGAGAGUGAAGGCAGUAGAUAGAUUGAAAGAGAAAAAGAAGGAGAAGGUGACAACACAACAGUGAACGUUAACGUUGGCCAGAGUAUUCCUGGAGGACAUCAGUGGAGGACAGGAGAGACACAUCCGGAAGAAAGAACUAGGGGGGGGGGGGGAAAGAGAAGAGAACAGACAGACAGAGUGAGUGAGCGAGUGAGAGGUUUAAAGGGACCCAGAGAGACAGGCAGAGGAAGGGGUUGAGGAAGAGGUAGAUUGUCCUCAUCGGAGCAUGCUGAGAGAGAGCUCAUGGAUUUAGUAGAGCUCUACCUGCCCGAGUGCUUCACCUACCACCCUGACACUGAACUUUUGGGCAGGAUGUCAGUGAGGGGUCUGGACCCCCCCUGCGCCCCCACCAUAAAGAGGGAGCCCUGCAGCCCCAGCCCCAGCUCCCAGGGGGAUGUCAGCCCCGCCCAGCCCAGCCCGGGCAGCUCGUCCUCGGACACCAACUCCUACUGCCCACUGUCCAAGGGCCACGGUCUGACCAAUGGGCUGGAAUCCCCCAGCUUCUACUGCCCGCCAUCGGGCCUGGCCACCAACGGAGCGACCAACAGGCGGUUCGUGGAGGACGAGGGCCCAGUGAAGUGUGAGUUCAUGCUGGGCUCCGUGGCCAAGCGGCUGUGCCUGGUCUGUGGCGACGUGGCGUCUGGCUACCACUACGGGGUGGCCUCCUGUGAGGCCUGCAAGGCCUUCUUCAAGAGGACCAUCCAGGGUAACAUUGAGUACAGCUGUCCAGCCUCCAACGAAUGCGAGAUCACCAAGAGGCGGAGGAAGUCGUGCCAGGCGUGCCGCUUCAUGAAGUGUCUGGCGGUGGGCAUGCUCAGAGAAGGCGUGCGUCUGGACCGGGUACGGGGCGGCAGACAGAAGUACAAGCGACGGAUCGAUGCCGAGAACAGCCCCUACAUGAACCCCCAGAACGGCCUACCACAGAAGAAGAGCUACCCUCUGGGCGGGGCGGGGGAGAAUAAGGUGGUGUCCCUGCUGCUGGUGGCCGAGCCGGAGGGGAUCUUCGCCAUGCCGGACCCCACGGUGCCCGACAGCGACAUCAAGGCCCUGACCACGCUGUGUGACCUGGCCGACCGCGAGCUGGUGGUCAACAUCGGCUGGGCCAAGCACAUCCCAGGCUUCCCUUCCCUGUCCCUGGCCGACCAGAUGAGUCUACUACAAAGCGGUUGGAUGGAGAUCCUGAUCCUGCGCGUGGUGUUCCGCUCGCUGACCUUGGAGGACCGGCUGGUGUACGCCGAGGACUACGUCAUGGACGAGGACCAGUCCAAGCUGGCCGGCCUGCUGGACCUCAACAACUCGGUGCUGCAGCUGGUGAAGAAGUACAAGGCUCUGGGCCUGGAGAAGCCCGAGUUUGUGGUGCUCAAAGCCAUCGCGCUCGCCAACUCGGACUCCAUGCAGAUCGAGGACAGCGAGGCGGUGCAGCGGCUGCAGGAUGUCCUGCACGCGGCCCUGCAGGACCUGGAGGCGUCCUGCCACCCGGAGGACCCCCGGAGGGCGGGCAAGCUCAUCAUGUCCCUCCCCCUGCUGCGGCAGACGGCGGCCCGCGCGGUCCAGCACUUCUGCAGCAUCAAGCAGGACGGCCGCGUGCCCAUGCACAAACUGUUCCUGGAACUGCUGGACGCCAAGGCCUGACAGGC